CAUCCUGUAGAUGGAGCGACGUAUUUGUCACACACAGAAAGCGAGACAGAGAGAGAGAGAGAGAGAGAGAGAGAGAGAGAGAGAGAGAGAGAUAGGGAGAGUAUUCCCAAGUCCACCCCACCAUCUCAUCCCACUUCUUCUGAGCUUUUCAGGGAUGAAACACGCGCGUGUGAACAUGGGAAACACAGUGUGAGUAAUCUGAGCUCGCCGAGUGUGGGAAAGCAGCACAGAGACGGCAUCACGCAGACAUUCCUCAACUUUCCCAGUAGGGAGAUCUCAGCAAAAAAAACAACCCAGAGCACAACUGCAGGAGCGAGGGGGAGGAAACAAGACCUCCGAAAGAAAUCCCAGAGAUUUUGAGCAAGCGUGUGAUGGCCUUGGAGGUCCAGCGUCCAGCAUUAAGAGCGAGCCCAGACUCUGAAGAAGAGGGAUAGAGACUACCUAACGACACAAGAAUGAGUGGCGAUGUCCUCUAGCUAAGCGUCUCUCAGCGUUAGUGUAGGGUUUUGGGGGGGCGUAUGGCCGUGCGCAGACUGGUGGAGUUGGCGGCGGCGGUUGCCCUGCUAUCUCUGGUGCUCAAUAGCGUGGCGACGUUCAGCUCCGGCUGGGUGCUGCAGGUGCUGGACGACGGACGGCGUCGCAGCGUUGGGCUCUGGAGAGCAUGUGUGCAGGAGGAUACACACACUCAUGAACUCACAGCCUGCCAGAGACUGAGCUGGGGAUCAGAGCUGGCGGGGUACCAGGAGUCUCGCAGCACAGUCAAACUUCAGUUUGACAUGAUGCGGGCAUGUAACCUGAUGGCUACGGUGGCUCUGACCGUGGGUCAGCUAAUCUUCCUGUUUGGGUUACUGGAGAUAAGCCACAUUACCCAGGAUUCUCAGUGGUGGGAGGAGGCCAUCGCUGCUCUGUUCCAGUUAGCCAGUUUUGUGUUGGUGAUCGGUCUGGUGACGUUCUACAGGAUCGGCCCCUACACUCACCUCUCCUACUCCUGCUACAUAAACAUCGCCGCAUGCUUAUUUGCCACGCUAGCAGCCGCCAUGCUAAUCUGGAAUAUUCUGCACCGCCGCGAUGACUGUCUGUCGCCGUCUGUCAUUGUCAUCAGUCGAUCUUUAACUACACCAUUCAGGCCACGGCUGGACAAUGACUAUGUUGAGUCACCGUGCUGA